AUGAGAAUGGAUAAAGAGGUUUUGAUUGAAUGGCUCGCUCAUAAGCUGACUCUUGCUCGGUCUUGUGAUGACGAGUUGAGGAGGCAUUUGCUUCUGUCGGGUCAGAUCAUUUUUGAUCCUCUCCAUUUUCCUACAGAUAUACGCCAUGGAGACGUACAUGCUGGUCACCAUCGCUAUUGCGCUCCUUCCGCCGCUGCUGGAAGAGUGUCUGGAGGUGAGAGACGCGUUGCGGCGGAACAGGAUAGCCGAUUGCCUCGAAGAGGAGUCGUAGACGAGGAGGCGGAGAGGAGUCUUUGGUGCUUCGCAGGUGAGCCGAUUCAACAGUUCAUUUCAACGUUUACCGAUCAUUAA